AUGAGCUUGAAAUGGCUUGUGCUGCUAUUCUUCGGGAGAUGUCUGGGUAAAGGCUGUUGGGAUGAAGAGACAUUAGCCGCGCCAAAGCCACACCAGAACCACAGCGAGUGGCUGGCGGAGCUGAAAUCCUGGCGCGAAGAACAUUCAAAGAGAUAUCAGGCGGAAGCCUACAAAGAUCCAACCUUAACGUGGACUCGAACCUCUUAUGUCCAACCACAGAUCCACUUGUACGAUCGGUUUCUCUUCGAUGGGUCCUGGACGACGGAACGGUACUUGGAUGAUUUGGAGCAUCGUUACGGUGGCAUCGACUCGGUGCUCAUUUGGCCGACUUACACGAACAUCGGGAUCGAUGAUCGGAACCAGUUCGAUUACUUUCGAGCGGUCCCCGGCGGACUUCAGGCUUUGACAAAUCUGACGGCGUCCUUCCACAAGCGGAACGUGAAGGUUCUCUGGGCCUACAACCCCUGGGAUCAGGCGACACGGGACGAGGGCCACCACUGGGAUGUCCUGGCCACUCUGUUGAAGGCCACCGGAGGCGAUGGCUUCAACGGGGACACCAUGACGAGCAUCCCGAAAGAGUUUUGGGAAGCCGGGACUCUUCGUAACUUUACCUUCGCGGCAGAGCCUGAAGGGGGCGGCGUCCCCUGUGAUUCCGACUUUUCCAGCGCAGGAUGGACACCGCUGGGAUGGGGAUACUUUGGCCAGAAGCGAGCGGACCGCAUGACCAUGAAGUACGACUACGAGCCUGGUGUCGACAAGAUGAAGUGGCUCGAUCCCCGCGGAAGACAUUUGACUCAUGUCUGUGAUCGUUGGUCCAAGAGCCGCACGACCGCCAUACAGCUAGCCUUCUUCAACGGAGAUGGCUACGAGUCAUGGGAAAACAUCUGGGGACUCUACAACCAGCUGACGGACAGAGACGCUGAGCUCCUCCGUCGAAGUGCCACACUUCUUAGAUGGGCGGGCCAACGGAACUUGAUCCAUGACUUUGAUGACUGGGUCCCUCACGCACCUGAGGCGACAGAUGCUUCCAGGGGCAUCUUUGCCUCGCGCUUCGUGAAGGCGAAGGAGGCUUUGUGGCUCGUGAUCAACAAAGCCACGGACGCUGAGAUCGAGGUGCGACUCCCCGAGCCCUACCUGGCCGAAGGCUUUGAGAUUCUCGACCUCUACCAUGGAACCAAGGUGAGCCCUCAGACGGACGGUGUCGUUAAGCUGACCAUCGAAGCUUCCGGGAUAUCGGCGCUUCUCGCAACGACCAAGGGUGCUCAAGAGGAAGCGCUCCUGGAGAGGAUGCGACAGCUCUCGCAGCGUCGCCUCGCAGAGUUUUCUGACCUUUGGCACGUUCUGCCACAGAAGAUGGACCCCAGGCCGUCUUCCAAGAUCUUUGAUUCCUCGAGCCCACCGCCAGAGAUGGUCUUGCUCCCCCGCAUGAAGUUCAACUUUUCGAGCAGCGGCACGGAGUUUGAGGGCGGAUGCGAUCCAGCAGAUGAUCCCAACGAUAUCUGCUGCAAGUCCAAAUGUGUGGAGCACGGGGGUCCAAGCUGCCAGUGCGGCGUUGUGCAGCUGGAGUACUUUGGAGUCGAUGUGCAGUUCCCCUGGGAAGACCGACCAGAGCGUAAUCACGGAAAGUCGCUUGAUCUUGGCCCUUUUCUGAUUGAUCGCGAUCUGGUCACGAACGCUGACUAUCUCCGGUACUUAAAUGCCAGUGGAUAUAGUCCUGCUGACAACUUCAAUUUCUUGAAGCACUGGCAGACUGGCGGGCCGAAACCAGGCGAUGAGCAGAAACCGGUUGUGAACAUUGGCUUCGAAGAAGCAGAGAGGUACUGCCUCUUUUACGGGAAGAGGUUGCCUCACAGUUAUGAGUGGCAAGUCGCUGCUCAGGGGCCAGAUGGAAGAAAAUAUCCUUGGGGUGAUCACUGGGAUCCUGCUGCCGUCCCCCCUCCAGGUCACGAUCCCGAAAUCAUUCGGAAACACCAGAAGGGCACCUCCGUCUUCGGCGUGCACGACUUGAUUGGAAACGUGUGGCAAUACACGGACUCCUUCCGGGAUGAGCACACCAGGGCCGUCCUGCUGCGGGGGUCCAGCCGUUACAACCCGCAAGUCUCGGAAGCCUUUCCCUCCCUGCAUCAGUCCGUGAACUGGUAUUUCCCUCCUGCUCGCGAGCUGAACAAGCAUUCGAAGUAUUUCCUCAUGAGUGACAGCUACGAGCGUGCUGGGACGCUCGGCUUCCGCUGUGCCGGAGACGUGGCCAAUGGAGAGACGCACACGCCGCAAGUCUCGAAGAAGGAGGUAAACGCGAAGGCCAAGGCGAAGGGAGCGCAGUCGGCGCCCGGAGCGCUUCCAAGCUCCGCGAGGAAAGCUUGGGUUCCUGCAGCUCCCAAGGUCGUCGAUCGUGGGCCUGAGCCAAAGCAAGCCAGCCUCGCGGAAGGCCGCGCGCGCUGGCAGCGCAUCCGGAAGCGCUUGCAAGGGGAGAAGGAGGAGAGGGCCGAGAGGGCCGAGGCCGAGGCCACGGCCAAAGCCAAAGCCUCGAAGUUCUCUCCCCGCUCUGCGUCGGCGAGGCUCAGCGCUGCUGCCGGUUCUGCUGGCGGCCCUGGCGCUGGUUCCCAAGGCGGGAAGGUCGCGCGUUCAACCAGCAAUCGAAGCUCCGAAGCAAUGCCACAGGCAGCAAAACCGAUCGGAGCCUACGUUGGUCCAGAGCAUGCUGUGUCGGUGAGUUUGGAAGCGGCUGCCCCAGACUUGUUGGAGGUUGAAUUCUCGAAAGUGCUCUUUGCGGUCCAGGGCACCUCGUACCUGCCGCCAGCCAUAGAGCUACCACCGGGCGACACAGCGCGUCGGAAGUUCUUCGCUGUGGCCGAACGGGUGGUUCCUCUGCCAGAUGGUGCAAGCGAGGUGAAGGGGGCUUCGCUCUCGAGGUCACUUCUCGAUCUUUCGUUGCCGAGCUGA